GUGAUCUUGACCGAGCCCAAAGAGACCAAAACCGAUCCAUCAUGAUAAAUAUGUGAAACCCUCUGUGACCAUACAAGAAGCAUAUAUGAAGCAAAUAUUUACAUCACCCUGCUGGCUAUAAUGACAAAAUUAUCAUAAUUAUAUGCUUGACAAUUUGUAAAAGCGGUCUUUAUCUUUCGAUAAUUUAAAAGCGGCGUUGGGAUGACGGAGGGAAAUCAGUAAAACCUCCUCUUUCAACCCCGCCCGCUCUCAUAUUUCGCAGAGAGAAGUGACAAAGGUCUAUCAUUGUUUCAGCUAUUUUGUUGGAGUGUAGAACCACAACACUUUCAGCUGGUGAGUUCAGAGGGACUGCAGCUUCUCUGCAAACAAAUUAAGAGGACAUGUACAGGGAUCGGAGUAAAGGAACGGAAGGGAGAUCUGGGGUAUCAAAAUCUGAACUGGGAAGUCUACGGGAUUCCACAGAUAGGAAGAGGAUCAAUGAUGCUCUGGAUAAGCACCUUGAAAAAUCAUCUCUGUUAACUAACAAAGGAAGUAGUGGUAAGGAUAAAGACUUGUCAUCAUUCCCAUCAACAUCUGCAGGUAGGAACCCAAGCACAGGGAACUCAUGGGAUGCAAGGGAGCCACGCAACAAUGCGUUUGACAAGACAAAAUACCCUGAUGAAGAGGAGGAUUCAGAGACCGACACAGAGGAGUCAGAUGUCAGUGGUUCUGAUGGUGAAGACACGUCCUGGAUCUCAUGGUUCUGCAAUUUAAGAGGCAAUGAGUUCAUUUGUGAAGUUGAUGAUGAGUACAUUCAGGAUAACUUCAACCUUAGUGGACUUAGUAGUCAAGUCCCUUACUAUGAACAUGCCCUCGACUUGAUUUUGGAUGUAGAAUCUGCAAAUGAGGAUAUCUUAACUGAGGACCAGAAUGAGCUUGUGGAAUCGGCUGCAGAGAUGCUGUAUGGUUUGAUUCAUGUUCGUUAUAUCCUAACAAGUAAAGGAAUGGGUGCAAUGCUAGAAAAGUACAAGAGUACAGAUUUUGGAAGGUGCCCCCGAGUUCACUGCUCAGGUCAACCAUGCCUCCCAGUUGGUCAAUCAGAUAUUCCUCGUACAAGUACAGUUAAAAUAUACUGCCCCAAGUGUGAAGAUGUAUAUUACCCAAGGUCCAAGUAUCAAGGCAUCAAUGUAGAUAUCGAUGGAGCAUAUUUUGGCACAACUUUUCCACACUUAUUUUUGAUGACAUACCCGUACAUCAAGCCAACAAAGCCUGUGCAGGGUUAUGUCCCUAAGAUAUUUGGAUUUAAAAUCCACAAGAGUUCACGAUAAACCCAGAUUUAUUAAUAUCAAAUGGUGUAAACACGUGCAGUAUUAGAUCACAAUGUGGUUAACAUUUUUUUUGUUUCAUUAGUCAUUACAUCUUAUUUAAGACUAUUGUAUUUAUGUGUUUCUUUAUCAUUGUGGCCAUUAUGAAUUUUAAGAAGGGUAUGGAGAAUGCCCUCUCGAGUUGUUAUUUGAGACUGUGAAUAGCUGCGCUUGUCUUUUUUGACUGACUAGUCAUUUAACUAAUAACCUCAUUUAUUCUGAAUCUGAGAAAAAUGUCAUUUAUUUGCUUUUAA